AUGCCGUACAUGCGGCUCGUUUCUUCGACAGAAUCUUUUCGCCUGCCAAUCCCCGAGGACGCUAUAGCCACCACCCACAACUGUCAAUGUAUCAGAAGAGCAGUAGAUGUUAUUGUGGUUCGUUUCUGCAUUCUUGAAAAGCUAAAACUCCAAUUUUGCAAUUGUCGACCAGCCGCAGUUCAGCUGCUUCAACGCGGAUUAUUUCCUUCCGCACCAUUUGCGCCGUCCCUGGCUGUUGAUAUCCGAGUUCUAGACUUUGUAUCCCGACUGUUUCUUCAUGUUUCCCCCAAUGCCACUGCAUGGUGCAACACCGUUGAAGAGUUUCUUCAAAGUCAAGGUUAUAAACUUACUACUCAGGAUUCCCUCCGCCGCCGAUUUAGUGAAGCCUUGAAAUGGUACAACGGACUUCAAGACGCUACUACCAAACAUGUUGGCAAUGUCCUCUACCAUGUUCGGACGAUAAUCACAGGUUAUAAUGAUGGGUCUCAUACAACAGCAGUUGUUUCUCUAAACGAGUCAACUCCUCGCACCACACAACCACCUCGUGUUGACGCCGUUGAAGGCAAUCCAGCACCAGAAUUUCCUCUCGAAGAUGCGCUCCCAAACGCAAGACUUCCCCGGCCCUUGACACCCCUCGGUAGCUCAACAGUUCCACCUUCCACCCCCAUUGCCCGGAAGCGACAUCGUUCAGAAGAUACUAGCACCCGACCACCCCCAGUCACCAUGGUUGAAAUCGAGGAUGAAGAUGCGCUUCCGAACGCAAGACAUCCCCGGCCCUCGACACCCCUCAACAGCUCAACAGUUCCACCUUCCACCCCCAUUUCCCGGAAGCGACAUUGUUCGGAAGACACUAAUGGCUGGAAGCGACAUCGUUCGGAAGACACUGAUGGCUUGAGGACUCCCUUUCCAAUGCCAAUCCCACGUGACCGCCCCAGUGAUUAUCUUCGUUCAUGGUGCCCUCUAUGCUUCGGGGGAGAUCCAAAUCAGAGGCUUGGAGGUAAUGUCCCCGAUAUCAUUGUAUGUGUCGAUGCAUGCUUCAAGCAAAAAGAGAAUGAAGGACAGUCUGACCCACCCCGUGAGCACCCUCGGAGUGUCUUCAUAUCAGAUGCCACCGCAUCAAAGAUGGAGGAAUAUGUUGAGGGCAUUCGUCUGAGCAAGGCUAAGAAGGGUCCGAAACGCCAAAAACCGUCUGAUAGUAGUAAAACCGAUCAUGACUCGGAUGAAGAGGAUGGCUAUGAUGGUCCAUUGAAGGUUCCACAGUCUGUUUUGGCUGGCUGCGAGAAGAGCUUUACAGCCGCCAAUGAAACACGUGAAAAGGCUAGCACACAGUUUUUCGCCGUCACUGCACUGAUGGCUCUUCUCUGCCGCCAUGACCGUGUUAUAUGGAUCGUCAAUAUGUGA